CAGUUGGAAAUGUGUCUGCCUGGCUUUCAAGCGGUUUUUCAGUAGUGCGUAGAGAUGAAACACGGGGCAUUUAUACUGUGCUUUGCUCUCUCCUACUGUUUUCACGAAGGUGCACUUUCCAGAACUAUCAAUGGACAGCGGACAUGGCCAGUUCCUUACAGGCGAUAUGAUCAUCGUCCCAAAACGGAUCCAUACUGUCAAGCUUUGUACCCCUUCUGCCCCACUGGAGACCGGGAUGGCCGUAUUCCUUACUUGAGAGAUACGGAUGUGGUUGAAGUGUUUCGACUUCAAGCUCCUGUGUGGGAAUUUAAAUACGGAGAUCUUCUUGGGAAAGUUCACAUUAUGCACGACGCCAUAGGGUUCAGGAGCUCCGAGACGGGCAGAAAUUACACGAUGGAGUGGUACGAACUCUUCCAACUUGGAAACUGCACUUUCCCUCACUUAAGAGCAGAGCUCAGCGCCCCCUUCUGGUGCAACCAAGGUGCUGCCUGCUUUUUUGAGGGGAUAGAUGACGUUCACUGGAUGCAAAAUGGGACCUUGGAGAAAAUUGGGAAGAUGACGGGUGCCCAGUUUAAUGAAUUCGCGAAGUGGGCGCAGAAGGACAACGAAACCGGGAUCUUUUACGAGACAUGGACGGUGCGUGCCGACCCCAGCCAGAAUUCCACCACGUGGUUCGAUUCCUACGACUGCUCCCAGUUUGUGCACCGGGCCUACAGGAAGAUGGCCGAGAUGGGCGUGACUCUGACCAGCAGCACCAAAACCAGCUACACCAAGAUCUACCUGUUCAGCGGUGAGCCCAGUUACCUGGGGAACGACAGCACCAUCUUCGGACAGCCGUCCGCGAAAGCGCUGGCGGACAGCAUCCGGAGCUUCUACAACGCGUUCCGCCCGCACCAGUCGCCCCAGAACUUCAUCCUCAGUCUGCUGGAGGUCUUGGAGAACGUGGUGUUAGACAAGACCUUCUACCUCCUCUACAAUUUUGAGUACUGGCACUUACCGAUGAAGGCCCCUUACCUCAGAAUCACCUACGAGGAGGUCCCUUUGCCGUAACCGCUCAGACGGUUGUGGAAAUCAAUGGACUGCCUGGGGACAUUUGCUAUUAUUUGUGAUAAAGAAGUUAAAAUUCACAUGGUGAGAAUGAAACUUGUUUUCAGAAAGCUGUCUCGAUUUAAACAAAAUAUAUAUAUAUAUAUAUAUAAUAAUUACGCCGAGGAAUGUUGGAGCGUAAAAGCAAGCGUUAUCAACAUUCCAGGAUACGGACACAGCCUACAAAUUGCCCUACUUAAAGAAAUGCUGAACAGGGGCCCCUUAAGAGAAAAUGCAUUAACUGGUCUGCGCAGUGGUGCCGAGAUUAAUACCGUUUCACAAAAUGUGGCUCAGUACACAUCUGUAAAUAUUUAAUGUGUAUCCGAGAUCUGAGGGGUUCUUAUUCUUGCAUCUCUGUCGAAAAAUGUAUCUGUAGGCACUGCAAGAUUCUUUUCUUCAGGGAAGGGUAAAGGAAUUGGGAGAAUACAUGAAUUGUAAUCUGCAUUCAUUCACA